AUGCAAGAAUAUUUUUGUUUUGAGCUGACCCGCUGUGACGUCAUGGCUGACCAAAGAGCCCUUCACGUGGACAACGUGCUCCUGGCUCUGGGCGCCACUGGCAAAUAUCAGAUCAUCCAGAUGGUGGUAUCUAUCAGCCCCACGCUCGCUGCCGCCAUCCAACUCCUCAGCAACGUCUUCACGUGUCGCCAAGUACCACAUCAGUGCGCACCGCCUCCUAACGGCUCCGCCUUCUACAGCAAGUUCCAGGAUCUGGACAAUGUGACGUACACGUAUGAGACCUGCAGCAUUGUGGUACGGUCUAACGGCUCUCUGGUGGCCGAGGAGAACUGUUUGUUCGGCAUGCACUAUGACCUUCCUGUAGACGCCUCAGCUGUGUCACAAUUUGACCUGGUCUGUGAUCGCGCCUCUCUGGCCAAACUGAGUCAGACUCUGGUCAUCUGUGGCCAAGGAAUCGGGGCUGUGCUGACCACCAUAGCGAGUGACCGUCUGGGAAGGAAGGGAAUCCUAACAGGAACAUUCACGUUCAACGCUGAGCUGUUCCCAAUCAAAGCUCGUCGACUGAACGCUGUGUUCUGCGGGCUGAUCUGGGCGUUUGGCGUGAUGCUGCUGUCCCCUGUCUCCUAUCUGUGCAGUGACCUUGGCUGGAGGACCACCCAGGCCGUCUACUGUAGCGCCUCCCUCACCCUCCUCCUGCAGAUUGGCUUCAUGGACGAGUCCCUGCGCUGGCUAUUGGCCAAUGGAAAGUCUCAUCGCGCCGUGAAGGUCAUCCAGAGGGCAGCCAGGACAAACGGCAAGCGUUACGAAGAUGUCAUGUCGGCUUACGCUGGGGUACAAGAGAGCAAGGAGAUGGCGCCAGCAGUGGACGAACACGUCCUGGAGAAGUCCACCAAGAAGAUGACCCUCCUUGACCUACUCCGGGUCCGGAGACUACUGGUCAACGCUUUGGCCAUUUGGUUUGCCUGGUUCACCACAGCGCUGGGUUUUUUUGCCAUCUACCUGACCUCCACGUCACUCUCGGGCAACCGGUUUCUCAACUUUUUCCUGACAGCCUGCAUGGAGAUACCCUCCAACAUCUUCUUCUACUUUAGUCUCAACAGUGGAUUCUUCACCGCCGGAGUCUGUGCUGUAGCUGUUGUCAGGGGAUUUGCUGUCGCACGCAGGAUACCCGAGUUUAAGUCCCGACCGAGGAAAACAUUUAAGUUUCCAUCGAGUAUCUCGGGUUUUUCUGCAGCAAUGCAGCCCAGGAUUAUAUCGUCAUCAUCAAAUGCCAGACCUGUGACAGACAUUGGCGGUUGUGGUUGUCUCUUCAUUCCUUUUCUCGGGGGCCCUAAGAAAUAA